UUUCAGCAGCAACAACAGUUAGUCAGCCACCUCGGUAGCCUGCUAGACAAAACAGCCGAACCAAUAAAGCUCUUUAGACUCUUUCGUGUAUAUUAGCUACUGUGUUUUAAACACACUUCUGUCGUCUACUUAGUUAUCCGAUUUAAUUACAUAUUUACAUUGUUGUUAUUAUUCAGCUAGCGGGCUGGUUAAGUUAGCAUUAGCCUAGCUAGCUAACAUCCCCGACCAUGCGGUCACUAAGCUUCUCUCCUUCUAAAGAGGAGGAAGAUAUCACAGUAAAACAAGAAGUAGAGGGUGAGGCCGUUACUGUGAAAGAAGAGGAAGACGAGUUCAGUGUGAAAGAGGAGGAGGAUGUUACAGUAAAAGGAGAGGAAGAUGCAGUUUAUGGCGUGAAAGAGGAAGAGGAGAUGACUGUUACACCGAAAAAUGAGGAAGAAGAGGAGGAAACUGGAUAUCUGGGCCCGGUUUCCCAAACGCGUCUUAAGGCAUCCAAUGGUUCUAACGAUGAAUUUAGCCAUAAGAUGGUUUUGAGAAACCGUUCCCUGAUUAACACUAGAGAGAGACGUGACUAUCGUGGACCCUCUGGGGAGCCUCAACAACCUGAUGAUGCUGACGAGGCAGAGAAGAGUCUCUCCAGAUCAGAACUCCUCAAGAAACACCAGCAGAGACCCACGGGGAAGAUAAAUCACCGCUCUGACUAUGGGAAGAGAUUCACCUCAUCAGCAGGCAUUAAAAUGCAUCAGAGAAUCCACACAGUAGAGAAACGUUAUUGCUGUACUCAAUGUGGGAAGAGUGUUGAUACAUCUAGCCAUCUUAUUGUACACCAAAGAACACACACAGGAGAGAAACCUUAUAGCUGUGAUCAAUGUGGGAAGAGUUUUAUUCAGCUAAGCAACCUGAUAUCACACCAGAGAAUACACACGGGAGAGAAACCGUAUAGCUGUGAUGAAUGUGGGAAGAGUUUUACUCACAUAGGCACCCUGAUAUCACACCGGAGAAUACACACAGGAGAGAAACCGUAUAGCUGUGGUGAAUGUGGGAAGAGUUUUGCUUUUUCGAAUAAUCUGACUCUUCACCAGAGAACACACACAGGAGAGAAACCUUAUAGCUGUACUCAAUGUGGGAAGAGUUAUACUCAUUCAACCAGCCUGAUAUCACACCAGAGAACACACACGGGAGAGAAACCGUAUAUCUGUGAUCAAUGUGGAAAGAGUUUUACUCAGCUAAGAAGCCUGGUAACACACCAGAGAACACACACAGGAGAGAGACCGUAUAGCUGUGAUGAAUGUGGGAAGAGUUUUGCUAGUUCCCGCAAUCUGACACUUCACCAGAGAACACACACAGGAGAGAAACCCUAUAGCUGUACUCAAUGUGGGAAGUUGUUUUUUACAUCUAGCCUUCUGAAGACACACCAGAGAAGACACACAGGAGAGAAAUCUUAUAGCUGUACUGUAUGUGGGAAGAGUUUUGUUCAAUCUGGGGAACUGAAGAUUCACCGGAGAACACACACAGGGGAGAAACCGUAUAGCUGUACUCAAUGUGGGAAGAGUUUUACUCAGCUAAAUGGCCUGAUAUCACACCAGAGAACACACACAGGAGAGAAACCUUAUAGCUGUGAUCAAUGUGGGAAGAGUUUUGUUCAGUCUAGCUCUCUGAAGAUACACCAGAGAACACACACAGGAGAGAAACCUCAUAGCUGUGAUCAGUGUGACCAGAGAUACUCUGAAAAAAGAUCUCUGAUCAAACAUCAGAAAAUACAUACAUGAAAGAUUUGUUUCAUGGUAUCAAUGAAAUGAUUUCACAAUGUAGAAUGUUUUAACAUUGUAGUAGGAGUAUUUUAAUGAUGUCACAAUGUAGAACCCUAAACGUUUGCCCCCUGUUCUAUUGAUUUCAGCAUGAUGUGGAUAUUAGCCCCAGGGGGAAAAUCCAGUUAUGAAAUGGAAGAGUAUUAUUUAUGAGAUUUAAGAAAAAGUGACGAACAAAAAGAGUCGUUACACUUACCACAUUGGUGACCCACUUGAGUCAAAAUGCAACACUUCAAAAUGUGGCGAGCUGUUUUCUACAAAUUGUCCUCUAACCAGUGAUGUACACAUUAUUCCCAGAUUCCGUGUGGUUUUUGAGCUGUUAGUUUUAACAGGGUGUGCAACCUCAUCUCCCCCCUCUCAGCACAAUUGUGGAAUGUUUUAACAUUGUAGAAUUAGCAUUUCAAUAAUGUCACAAUGCAGAACCCUAAACCUUUGCCCCCUUAUCAUUUGAUUUCAACAUGAUAUGGAUAUUAGCUUCGGGGAAAUCCAGGCUCUGAAUUUGAAGAGUACUAUUUAUGUGAUUUAACAAAAAGUGACUAACACAAAAAGAGCUGAGUUACACUUACCAUGUUGGUGACCCACUUGAAUCAAAAUGCAACACUUCAAAAUGUAGCUUGCUGUUUUCUACAAAUUGUCCUCUAUAAUCAGUGAUGUACACAUUA